AUGCCAUAUCGUCCUUGGGGGCCCUUGGAAAGGUCCCUGGUGGAGGUGUCGCCCAUGGGAGGGUCCCUGGAGGCGCAGAUGCCCCCGGGAGAAUCCCUAGGGGCGCAGACACCCGUGGGAGGGAAGGUCGUUGGAGACGCCGAUGCCCCUGAGAGGGUCCCUCAGGGCGAACCUGCCCAUGGAAGGGUUCCUGGGGGCGAACCCGCUCCUCGGAAGGUCACUUGGGGCGAGGCUGCCCCUACGAGGGUCCCUGGAGGAGCUUCUGCCCUUGGGAGGGUGCCUAUGAGAGUCCCUGGAAUCCCCGCCGUCCCUGCAUGCCAUAUGAAACUUGGGGACCCUUGGAAGGUCGUUGGAGACGUAAAUGCCUCUGAGAAGGUCUCUAAGGGCGAACCUGCCCAUGAGAGGGUCCCUAAGGGCGACCCUGCUCAUGGAAGAGUUCCUGGGGGCGACCCCGCCCCUGGGAGGGUCCCUUGGGGAGAGGCUGCCCCUAGGAGGGUCCCUGGGGGCGCUUCAGCCCUUCAGAGGGUCCCUGUGAGUGUCCCUGGGGGCCCCGCCAUCCCUGUGAGGGUCCAUGGAAGCCCCGCCGUCCCUGUAAUGGUCCCUGGGGGCGCCACCACCCCUGGGAGGGGUCCUGGGGGUGCUGCCUCUGAUGGAGGGCUCCGUGGAGGCGCCGUUGCCCCUGGGGGAAGGUCGUUGGAGACGCCGAUGCCCCUGAGAGGGUCCCUCAGGGCGAACCUGCCCAUGGAAGGGUUCCUGGGGGCAAACCCGCUCCUCGGAAGGUCCCUUGGGGCGAGGCUGCCCCUACGAGGGUCCCUGGAGGCGCUUCUGCCCUUGGGAGGGUGGCUAUGA